CAACUCAAGCUGCCACCAAUUGCAGCCAAGGAUUGGCGGUCACGUGGCCUUUGCCCUUUCCCUAGCGGAGACAACAUGGCGGCUACGGCGAGCCGUUGCUGCGAGAUUUGAAUUAACACUACUAGUAACUACUGCAUCCUUGAUGAUGGCGUCUCCGGUUUCGUAUGGUUCCCGUCAGAGCCCAGAUGAGCUCCCUGGAGACCAUUCUUCACAAGAAGAUGAGGAUUGCGAUUAUGAAGAUCGGGUCAACGACUCGGGUUCAUAUUCCUCAACCAGUAGUGAUUAUGAUGAUGUUGAACCUGAAUGGCUGGACAGUGUGCGGAAAAAUGGAGAAUUAUUUUAUUUGGAAUUGAGUGAGGAUGAAGAAGAAAGCCUUCUUCCUGAGACUCCUACUGUGAACCAUGUCAGGUUUAGUGAAAAUGAGAUUAUAAUUGAAGAGGAUGAUUACAAAGAAGGAAAAAAGUAUGAACCUAAACUCAAGCGGUUUACGAAAAUUUUAAAAAGUAAAAGCCUUUUACCCAAGCGCUACAAUAAAAAAAAUAGCAAUGACAAUGAACCAGUGUCCAUUCUAAAGCAUCAGUCCAACCAGAAAACAGGAGUGGUUGUCCAACAGCGAUACAAAGACGUGAAUAUUUAUGUAAACCCCAAAAAGUUAACUGUGACCAAAGCCAAAGAGCAGCUGAAGCUUCUGGAAGUACUGGUUGGGAUUAUUCAUCAGACCAAGUGGAGCUGGAAAAAAACUGGAAAACAGGGCAGUGGAGAGAGACUUGUGGUCCAUGGCCUGUUGCCAGGAGGAUCUGCUAUGAAGAGUGGUCAGAUAUUAAUUGGUGAUGUCCUUGUUGCUGUGAAUGACGUGGAUGUGACUUCUGAAAACAUAGAAAGGGUUCUGUCUUGCAUUCCUGGACCCAUGCAGGUAGUAGAAUUAAUAACUCAAGGAACUGAAACUGACUCCAGUGCACAAUCCUUCCCUUUGUCACAAAGCCUGGUUACACCUGGUUUUUUGACCUCUCCACCCACAAGAAUCUCAGCUGGAAAAGAUGCCCUCCCUGUGCUGAAGCAUGUUUCUUUCUCUGAAGACCACCUUUCUCCUUGUUUACCACUGGUAAAACUGACAUUUGAGAAUGCAUAUGCUGUGAAAAAGGAAACAACUCAACCAAAACAGAAAAAGACACAGUCGAACACAAGUGAUUUAGUCAAACUUCUGUGGGGAGAAGAGGUUGAAGGGAUCCAGCAAAAUAUCCUAAACACUCCUCACAUCGUUAUCUAUCUCACACUACAGCUUGACUCAGAAACAUCAAAGGAAGAGCAGGAAAUUCUUUAUCAUUAUCCAGUUUCUGAUGCAUCUCAGAAACUGAAAAGUGUGAGAGGGAUAUUUCUCACACUCUGUGACAUGUUGGAAAAUGUAACUGGGACUCAAGUUACUAGCUCAUCCCUUCUUUUAAAUGGGAAACAAAUCCAUGUGGCUUAUUGGAAAGAAUCUGACAAGUUGUUGUUAAUUGGCCUGCCUGCUGAAGAAGUUCCUCUCCCUCAGCUAAGGAGUAUGAUAAAAGAUGUUGCCCAAACCUUAACAUUUAUGUAUGGUUCUUUAGAUAGCUGUUGUUUCUUCAGUGCCUUUUGCCAGGUUGAGAAUGUUCCUCGUCUGGAUCAUUUUUUCAUCUUGUUCUUUCAAAGAGCACUUCAGCCUACUAAACUACAUUCCAGUGCCAGUUUGAACGCACAACAAUAUGAUGCUUCCAGUGCAGUGCUCUUAGACAGUCUCCCCGGAGUUCGGUGGCUCACACUUCCACAGGAAAUCAAGAUGGAACUAGACACAGCAUUGAGUGACUUAGAGUCUGCAGAUUUUGCUGAACUGUCUGAGGACUACUAUGACAUGAGGCGGCUGUAUACAAUUUUAGGAUCUUCUCUAUUUUACAAGGGUUAUUUGAUCUGCAGUCAUUUGCCUAAGGAUGACCUUAUUGAUAUUGCCAUAUACUGUCGCCACUAUUGCCUACUGCCGUUAGCAGCAAAACAAAGAAUUGGUCAGUUGGUUAUAUGGAGAGAAGUGUUUCCUCAACAUCACCUCCAACCUUCUACAGACUCAAACACUGAAGUCUUUCAGGAACCUGAAGGAAGAUAUUUUUUGCUAAUCGUUGGCUUGAAGCAUUAUAUGUUAUGUGUACUAUUAGAAGCUGGAGGCUGUGCAUCCAAAGCUAUUGGGAAUCCUGGACCAGACUGUAUAUAUGUGGAUCAGGUCAAAACAACUCUUCAUCAGCUGGAAGGAAUAGAUUGUCGCAUAAAUGAACGGCUAACGUCUCCAAGCCCCUGUUUGUCUUGUGCUGACUGGUUCCUUAUUGGAUCACAUGAAAAAUUAGAUAGUUUGACAACCUCACCUAUCCUCAGUAAGCUUCCAGGUACUUCCAAAGUAGCAACCUCUCCAACAUGCAGAAGAAUUCUUUUUGGUGACUAUUCCUUAAAGACACGUAAGCCCAGUCCUUCCCAAAGCAGUGGAGGAUCUGACAAUGGUUGUGAAGGUGGAGAAGGUAUUCACCUGAGUCCCCACUCUACACCAGAUACAGUACGGAAACAACAAAGAGAACCUCAGGGCUCUGAUGGUUCAGAAGAAAGUGGGGCCUUGCUUAAGGUCACUAAACGGAAGUCUGCUCUUCCAAAUCCAUUUCAUUUGGGGAACUUGAAAAAGGACUUUUCAGAUAAAGAACUGGAAAUAUAUAACACAAUGAAAUUGACAUCUGGUCCUGAGAACACACUUUUCCACUAUGUUGCCUUAGAAACUGUGCAAGGGAUCUUUAUUACUCCUACCCAUGAAGAAGUGGCACAGCUAAGUGGCUCUAUCCACCCUCAACUAAUAAAGAAUUUCCAUCAGUGUUGUCUCUCCAUUCGUGCAAUUUUCCAACAGACAUUGGUAGAAGAGAAAAAGAAAGCACUAAAUGGUGAAGAUCAUUCAGGUUCUACAAAUUCAGUAUCUUCUCUUCACCCUGUGAAAGAACAUGGUGUGUUGUUUGAAUGCUCACCUGAAAAGUGGACAGAUCAGAGAAAAACACCACCAGUUAUGGCUUACUGGGUAGUAGGGAGACUCUUUCUUCGUCCCAAACUUCAAGAACUUUACGUCUGUUUUCAUGAUUCAGUCACAGAAAUUGCCAUAGAAAUGGCUUUUAAAUUGUUCUUUGGAUUAACCUUGUAGCUGUGUUUUCUUAAUGCAUAGCAACUAUGCAUGGAACAUUGAACAGUGUUAGAAUUGCUGAAAACAUACACAAGAAGAUAAGGUUUAGCUUCUUUUAACUGUUCAGUUUUGAACAUAAUAAUGUUAAAUAUUGAGAUGAUAUGCUCUUGGGUUUGAUGCACUAAAUCUUACGUAGUAUUGUCAGACUUUUGAAAAGAUACUUGAUCAAAAUAAGAAGGGAUUUUUAACUUAUUUCCAUUUUUGUAUGUAAUGUUAAUUUAUUGACUAGUUUGAAAUAAUGUGAAGUUUUAUAUAAAAUUAAUAGAGGAAAUAUUUAUCUUGAGGAACUAUUUAUCUUGGAAAAAUACACAGUUCAUAAGUAAAUUCACUUGUGUAUUUUUCUUAAGACUAAUGAGGAUAUCUGGUGAAAGAAUCACAAAACUGGAGGAUGUGACCAGGUCCUGUAACUAAUUAGUGCUAUGACCAUGAACAAGUUUUUGUACCUCUCUGAGCUCAGAAUCUUCAUGUAUAAAUGAGAUGACUGCAUUGAGACUUCUAAAGUCCCUCUUAAGUAACAUGUGCAAUUCUUUUUCUUCUUGCCUACUCAUCAGUAUCUAAAUUUGUAAUGUCCAAGUACUGACUCCUUAUUAGAUCAAAUACUUUUCUUUAGUUUAAGUGCUUUAAUAGAUACCUCACUGUGGGGUAGAAGAACUAAGGAAUGAAAAUUAAACUUUUUUCUCUAUUUAUUUGAUUCUCUUUACUCUUUCAGAUCAGCUCUGUUUUGUCCAGAAUAUAGUUUUUAAACUAUUUAGUGUCCAUAAACUUUUAUUAUUUUUCUUUUUGUUGAAAUAUAUUCAGGUAUGCACACACAUUUUAUAUAGUUCAUGAAUUUCAAGACAGCUGUAUGUAAAUCUUUUUACGAACCUAAUCAUGUUAAAAAACACUGAAAAACUUGGAUUAAAGUAAUCCUAUGGUGA